AUGGCACGGCGUGCUCAGAAGAACACCGGCGCAGAGGAGCUCGCGAGGCCGCGGAUGCUCGCGGGUGCGUUGGGGCGCGACACGGGGGGCCUCGCCGGCGCUGCAGAUGCGGGCGCGGUCACGGCCGAGUUGUGCGAGACGGGGGUCGAGGAGGUGGCGAAGAACAUGGCGUCGGGAUACAGGUGCUGCAGGGCGCGAAGGGUCGCUAUGAUAUGGGAGAUGCGACAAAGGGGCGGCUCGACGAGGGGGCGGGGGCGUGCGGCGGUGCAGCUCUGUGGCCGGGUGCGCACUGGGUGGUCGGGCUGCGAGACGUGGAAAGCUGGAGACGGAGAAGUGCGCGCGGGAGGCUAUAUAGCAGAGCGCCAGCGCCCGUGCACCGGCGAUGCACCGCACUGCCAUAAGCGUCCUCUGCUGGAGGCCUGA